AUGACUGAUGCCAGGAAAACUCACGUUCGAGUUGCCGUGACCCAGGCUGAGCCCGUGUGGCUCGAUCUCGAGGCAACUGUGCGAAAGACCUGCGCGCUCAUCACCGAGGCAGCUGAGAAUCAGGCCGAGGUGAUCACUUUCCCUGAAUGUUGGAUUCCCGGCUAUCCAGCGUGGAUCUGGUCACGCCCCGUCGACCCACCACUGCAUUCAAAGUACAUCCUCAACUCCCUCAAGUUAGACUCGCCCCAGAUGAUCCAGAUUCAGAGCUGCGCUGCAAAGAACAAGAUCAUCGUCGUCCUCGGCUUUUCAGAGAACCGCCAUAACUCGCUGUAUAUCUCGCAAGCGAUCAUUGGCUCCGACGGGGAAAUCCUCACAACUCGAAGCAAGAUCAAAGCCACGCACAUGGAGCGAACGGUCUUUGGAGAUGCAUCUGCCGAGUGCCUCAACACCGUGACUGACACCCCGGUGGCCCGGAUCGGCGCACUUUCUUGCUGGGAGCACACGCAGCCUUUGCUCAAGUACCACACCUACGCACAGAGAGAACAGAUCCAUGUCGGGGCAUGGCCACCUUUGUUCUCUCAUAACGGUGGCGGGGAACUUUGGUCCAUGUCCCUUCAGGAAACUGAUAAUGGAUUCGCACCAGGCACCCGAGCCAUCGCCAGCACAUACGCGAUCGAGUCUCAGGCAUUCGUGCUGCACACAACGGCCGUGAUCAGUCAAGCCGGAAUAGAUCGGAUGCAGAACUUACCAGGAAAUAUCAUGGGCUCACCAGGGGGCGGAAGCUCCGCCAUUUUUGCCCCGGAUGGGCGUCAGAUUUCAACGGAUAUCCCCGAGACGGAGGAGGGAAUCAUCUAUGCAACGCUGAAUCUGGAUGAAGUGCUUCAGUCCAAAGCGUUCAUCGACGUCUGUGGACACUAUAGUCGGCCAGAUCUUCUGUGGCUGGGUGUGGAUCAAAAUGUCAAGAAGCCGGUGCGAGAGCAGUCUAGGGCUGGAUGA